AAGGGGGGGGGUUGCUUUCUACACCGCCUGUGGUCCGCUAUCUACCAAGCUCUCUAUCUAUCCAUCUAUCUGUAUACACGCACACCGUAUUCCCUCCUCGUCCGUGGUGAUGGGUGUUGGGGCGUUGGUGUCGCGCGCUGGUGCAUCGCGGCAAACCCCUGCGCGUGUCAAAAGAUCGACUUGCGUCAAGUUCGACGCGCACGCCAACGCGCAUCCAUACCAUGAUGCCGUCACCGCUGCUGCGCCUUGUCGCACGCAGCGCGCAGCGCGGCGGUAGGCCCGGCGCAGCGUCCUGCGCGUCCAGGCCAGCGCAUGCUGCCACCCCUCAAGCACGCACUGCAGCUUGCUACGCGGCAGUAGCGUGUGCGCCUCACACCCUCUACCACUCGCCGCGGUCGACGACCGCGGCAGCGUGGAGGGCCAAGUUGCCGAUUGCACGACGCCUCUCGCCGUCACCAUCGUCUCUGCGCAGUCUCCACGGCGGCUGCAGCGGCGACCCCUCGUCCAAGCAGGGGCAAGAAGACACACGCAAUGCCAGCGGCUGCGGUCGGCAGAGACAGGUCGUCAAUAUCGCAGCCACGGUGGCCGCGAUCGGCCUGCUCCUGCUCACCCUCUAUGCGCCGUCGGGAACCGGUGCGGCCAUCCUCGCAGAGAUGCUGCCAUCCGAGCAGCAGCCACAGUCCUUUUUCGAGCUGGAAACCGAGUCCGCUUCCGAGUCCGGCAGCUUCUACCCCGGUAGCACACCUGUCCCCUUCCAGCAGGCGCACCUGCAGCCCGUCGGCGCCGAGCAGCUGACGUAUGUCGACCCGCGCCCGUUCCGCCACAUGCACCUCUCCGCAUUGCUCUCUCGCUACGCCGUCUUUGUCAUGUGCUGCUUCCCGCGCCUCGUCGAGUGCGCGCCCGGCCUGCUCGACUGGACCCUCGACGGGGCUGGCAGCAGGGUUCCCGGCGUCAAGCGCGCCACCGAAGCCGUCGUUCGGGCUACGUUCUUCAAGCAGUUCGUUGGCGCCGAGUCGGCGCAGGAGUGCAUCCCCCUGCUGGCCCAGCUAUCGCGCGACAACCUCGCCGCGCUCUUUGCCUUCUCCGUCGAGAUGAUAGAGACAAAGGGCGGCGGCACUGCCAACUUGGAGCACAUGCCCCCGCAGUCCGCCGGGACCGCCGCCGCGGCUGAGCGACUGAGCGGGGGCGAGGGCGGGGGCGGCGAUAGCAAGUACAUCUACGACAGCAUUAUCGACGCGCUCAUCGAGUCGGUCGAUGUCGCCGCUGCCUUUGCUGCGCGGCCUGCAUGGGCAGACUGCACGUCCGACGACGAGAGGGCCCUCCUCGCGAGUCGGCCACCGCGCGACGGCAGCACGAUGGUUGCCAUCAAGCUGUCCGGCGUGCUCAAGGACCCCAGUGUUCUCGAGCGCGCCAGUGCUGCCAUCGUCCCGCGUGAGCACUUCAGCGCGCCGCCGCAACCGCUCCCGCCGCCGGCCGCGGCCGCCAGCGGCGGCGGUGCGCUCGCCAUCCCCAUCGCGGCGCUCCAGCACAAGCACCCCGCUGACGUCGCGGCGCUCAAAGAGCUCUGGGCCGGCCUACGACGCCUGGCGCUUCGCGCUCAGCGCGCUGACAACGUCCGCCUUGUCGUUGACGCCGAGUACUCCUGGUUCCAACCCGCAAUCGACGCCAUGUACGAGGCCCUCGCUGCCGAGUUUAACCGCCUCCCCCCGCCCGCCACUGGCGCCGAGGCUUGGUAUAAGCGCGCGUGGGGUCGAGCGCUCUUUGGCCACGACGGCGGUGCAGCUGGCACGGCAGUGCCCGGGCAGGUGCGCGGGCCGCUCGUGUUCAACACGUUCCAGGCAUACCUACGCCGCACGCCUUCGCACCUCGCCGCGUCCCUCGAGCGUGCGCGCGCAGGCGGAUACACGCUCGGCGUCAAGCUCGUCCGCGGCGCGUAUGUCGAGCAGGAGAACGCACAAUGGGCCACCAAGGACGUCAGCCCCCCGCCACCGUCUACGCAGGCUGAGCGCGACGUCGGCUUUGCCGCCACCGCGCACGAGUGGCACAGCCCGGUGUGGCGCAGCAAAACUCUCACGGACCGCUGCUACGAUGGCUGCGCGGUGCGUCUGGUCGAAGAAGUUGCCAUGGACAUGCGCAAGCCCGGCGCCUCCACCGACGCCGACGCUGCAUGGCCGCGCCUCAGCGUCAUUUUCGCGACGCACAACUGGCAGAGCGCCAUGAAGAUCACCCGCCGCAUGCUCGAGUCAGGCCUCGUGCAGCCGCCGACGCCUGAGACGCUGCUGGGCAAGGAGCUCGAGGUUGCUGCUGCUUCAAACGCCAGCGCGCUUGCCAACGCCAACGCAGGCGCAAGCGCGAACGCGGUCAAACCGGAGCUCGUUCUGUUGCAAGUCGCUCCGGGCGUGCGCGGGCGCAUCUGCUUCGGCCAGCUGCUCGGCAUGGCCGACUCGCUCACGCGCCGUUUACAGCUCGCGUUCGACCCUGUCUCGGGCGGGGCCGGGCCGCACAUGGUGCUGAAGUACAUUCCGUACGGCAGCCUUUCGCUUGUCAUCCCGUACCUGACCCGACGGGCGAUCGAGAACAAGUCCGUCAUGCAGGGCAGCGGGGAGCAAGCUGGCGCGGCGGCGUACGAGCGCAAGCUGGCCGGCAAGGAGAUCCGCCGCCGGCUCCUCCCUUUCCUACCUUGAAAGAACACGGGGCGAAAUAUCAAAUACAACACAGAUACCAGACUACAAAACCUGCAGUAUGUUAGAGACGCACGCGAUGCCAGACAUCGUUAUCAAUGGACCUACAGUGUGAGCUUCUGCGCCGCAUUGUUCAGAUCUCCCAGUAGGUCAAGCGGUUCCUGCGUCAUUUCCAACUCCUUCCACCGCAGCAGCUCCAUCUGUUUCGCGACGCUGACGGCGCAUCGCGGCUGCUGGGCGGUCCAAUGUGCUUGGGCGCCUCUUUGCGCUUGCGCUGAUGCGGCUUCGGUGCUAUCCCCGGCAGCAGACGCAUUGUCCAGCGGGCCCACGCUAAUGGCCAAAUGCCGCAUCUUCUCAAGUUGGAGCU